AUGUCUCGCUUCAAUCCUGCCCAUUCCACUUAUGUGAAAAAACCCGCGCACCCGGAAUCUCCAUCUCCAUCUCCGUUUGGUCGCCGAAACCCCUUUGGAGUUGGCAGAGCUGCAACCGCCUUCGGCAACCGAGUCCGAAGGGAAGCCGAGGCCGCCCGCCCUCCUCCAUCGCCUCAAUAUGCCAAGUACGACUACUCCUCUGAUCACUCUGAAAGCUCCGACUACACCACUGAGCUCAACUAUGGCCGAAGAGGCUCUGAUGGCCGCCCUCCUCUCUCUCCUCAGUACGCCGCCGCUGCUGCUCGAAACAACAACGCUUCGCAUCAUUCGGACAUUUCCGAAUUCUCGCUCUCCUCUGCGGAAGCAAGCCCAGCUCAAAGUCCAGAGCCGAGCCCGCAACCCAGCCCUGAAUUGAGCCCUCAACCAAGUCCGGCACGUCAACGCACGGAAUUUGAUUCCCUUCCUCCUCUUUCUCCUGGAGAAUACUCCAGACCACAAUCACCAAUUGGCUCCGACUUGGGUUCAGAGAUCUACUCCAGACCACAAUCGCCAGUCUCUGACGCAGGUUCAGAAGCUCUGCCUCACAUCAUCAUCAACCACGAAAAACUCGCGGCAUUCCGGGAUUGGAAACCAUCUGCAACUCCAGCACCGAUCAGCCCAACUCCACCACGUAUCAACAGGGCGACAAAGCCUGUCUGGGACAAAGCUUCCGGAAAAUACAUCAACCGCCACAUCAUGCUUCCCGCUCCAGUUCUUCCUACUGCGGCCGAGGACAUGGAGAGGAUUCGAAUCGAAGCUGGCUACGAUUCGGACGACGACUUCUUCGACACGAAAGAGGAACUCCUCCAACAAGCGGUUCGCGGCAUUCAGAAGACCGACAAAGGUCUCAAAUCACUCAUCGAAAAACCUGCUUCGAACACCGAAGUGAUCAAACCGGCUCCUUGGAAAAUCGAAGCAGUCAAACAUACUCCCGCGCCAGUUAUCGAAGAGAUUCGCACUUCAGCAAUUUCUCAACUUCCUCAAACUCCAACUCAAACAAAAGUCACCAUCGAACAAGCGACUCCACCUCCAGCUCCAUUUCUUUCCGAUGAAGAUUGGCAUAGUUUCAACAUCACGGUCAAAGUUCCUCGCAUUCGCAAGAAACAAAAUGGGCAAAACAAGGACGGCUGGAAAUUCACUUGGUUCGGAAUCAUCAUCUCAAUCUUCGUUGCCUGGUACUUCGCUGAGACCGCGGUCUGCGAAUUUCAUUGCAAACCUUUCCAAUCAACCACGGGCAACAACUGGUAUCCUGGCAUGCCAACUUUCGGUCUCGCUCUGCCAUACAAACUGGACACCUGGACAGGCGAAGUGGUUUCUCGGACUUGGCACAAAGUCGAUCGCUCUCUCGGGCCUCGAAGCUAUCCUCACCAACAUCGGCCAACUCCAGUGGCAAAUGCUUCGGUCAGGAAGGAAUCGAAGCAAUAUGCUGGGGUGAUUGGAUAG